AUGAUAGAUAAAGAUCAAACAGUUUGUGCAUUGAAAGGUUGUAUAACAUGGAGAUAUUGGCUGCCAUAUGUACGACAAAGUGAAAUAAGUGUCACAUCAGAUGAGAACAACACUAGUAUAGGGUACAACUCAAAACUUCCCUGUCGCAUAAUUAUAGAAUUAGACGGUUUAGAAGCAUUCAUAUAUAAUAGAACCGUUUCAUAUGAUAACGUUUUAAAUACAUUAUCAAGUCAAAAUAAUACCAAUAAUAACAAUGGUCAACAGUCUCAAACUGAAAAGGAGCAUUAUGAUGUUUUUUCUAACUCAGCUAGUGAUAAUACUACGGUAAAUUCAGAUGAUCCAGAGAUUAGUAAACCAAGCUCAUCAUUCAUGGCCAAGAUAUUACCGAUACAAGUCAAAAUCAAUAAGGGUGCCAUUGUUGCUGGUAAUAAAACAACACAGGCUAUUCUUGUGAUGUCAUAUUCAUCCGCUGAUGGUAUAAUGGAUUUUCUCAGGUCUGAUAAUUCAUUAGAUGAUUGUCGUCAGUCCUUUAAAGUCAAUUUUGAGAAAUUUCAGGUAUUUUUGAAACCUAAUAUAUCAUUUCAAGAAAAUUCAAAAGAGCAUUCAGGAAUAUUUUAUAAACAAAAACCAAAUAAGAAGAAAUAUGCUAAUAGAUGGAUAUUAUACCGCUCAUUAAUCAAAUUAUGGAAGUUUUAUGAACGUAAGAAGAAACCAGAAGAUGAACAUGCGGAAUGGAGAGGUUUAGCACAGUAUCUUGAUAAUGACUCCAAUUCCAUUACAAAUGUUAAAGAAAGAGAGCUGGAAUAUGGUAAAUAUACAAAUUUAUUGGAUUGUGAUUCUGCUAUAAUACAAUAUUACUAUGAUAUACCCGGUGCUGUUCCAGAAGAAGCCAUACCAUCAAAUCCUCAGGAAGGACUAGAUGUUGGUAAUGGCGGUUCUGCACCAAAGUUUGGAUUAAAUGUCCAAUUAUACGGCUCUACAAUUUUUUACGGCCCAUGGGCUGAAAGACAAAGACAUUCACUGCAUCAGAUGCUAUAUCCUACCAUAUGUCGGGACGGUACACCACAGGGAAGAUUAAAACCUGGUAAACAAAGAAUGUAUACACAAUAUCAGAUGGCUGUGGAGAUAAUGGACGAAGCUAUCAUCAGAGUUCCAAUUAGAGAAUUUAGUAAGAAUGAGGAAUACGCUGAAGCUACAAAAGAUGCUCCAGAUACAAAAAGGCCUUUUGGCUGGAUUGAAUUGAAAAUGGAUAAGAAUUCUACUAUUACAACUACUGUGGGUCUGGUAGCUUCAAAGAAUGGUUAUGAUAACAGAUUAAAUAUGUCUAUGUUGAAUUUAGAAGUCAGAUCAAGUGUCAAUCAUGACAUUAUGCUUAGAUGUAAAGAACAUCAAAUUAACGCAAACAUCGGCUAUCCAUUGAAAUGGAAUGGUCAUGCAAUUUGGGUCUUUCUUAAUGAAUCAAAAGAAGUUGAUACUUUCUUUUUGAGAGAACAUAUUACAUUAUUAUCUGAUAUGUUCACAGAUUUUUCAUCGGGCCCUGCAACUCCAUAUGAGCUAUUUCGCCCAUUCACUUACAUUAUUGAUUGGAAAGUUUCAAAAUAUGCUAUUUAUAUGAAUGUCAAUGAUGCAAAUAUCAUCAAUAAUCCAUUGGAUUUCAAUGACAAUUGUUAUCUAUCAUUUCAAGGUGAACAACUGGAUAUAAAUGUUAAUAUACCAUUGGAAGCAGUACUGAGGAAAGUUAGUACAAUUUCAUUCAAUUUAGCUACACCUGAGCUGUCAAUGGUGAUGGAUACUCCACCUUGGCACACGUUGAACAAUUUUUUGAAGUUUAAAGAAGUUGGAAGAUCCAAAGAUUUUACCAUUGAUGGAUCUUAUACAUAUCAUUCUGAAGUCGGAUUGGAUUUUGUGGAUACCAUUGUGAUUGCUUGUAAAGGUAAAAAAAUGGUGCUGGAAUGCUAUGGGUUUGUUGUUAAAUAUAUCUUGAGUAUAAAAGAAAAUUAUUUUGGGGAUUUCACCAGGUUCAGAACUCUUGAAGAAUAUACACAGGAGCUUCAUGACGAAAAACCAGAAACUUCAAGUAUUAGUCAUAAUGAAGAGAAGACCAAAGAGAAAAAUUUCAAAAGAACUGAAAAUGAAGAGGACGUCCAUUUCUCGUUUGACGUGGAAGAGGGUUGCUUAGUUUUACCUUCUAAUAUUUAUGACAGUUCCUCCAAUGUUUCACUAUAUUUCAAUACAUUGAACAUGGACUUGAGGUUUACCAACUAUUAUAUGGAUUUUGAAGCUGAUAUAACUCCAGUGAAAGGUGUAUAUAUUGAUUCUUGUGAUCCAAGUACUGUCUUAGACAUGACUGGGUACGAAACCUUGAAGGAACACGACAUUUUCGUCGAUGGACUUGCUAUACAUGGCCAUAGAAUGUUUGGUUUGCCUCCAGAUGAGAUCAAGUAUUUUUGUAAAUGGGAUUUGGAGCCAGGUAACGUUGAAUUUUGUGGGAAAGCUCAAGCUUUGGAAGGAUUGAUGUCCUCACUUGUUAAAUUAGGUUUUGGUUAUAAGAACUUGGAAAACAGUCUGUUAAUUGACGAACCAGAGAUAAAUGAUACAACAUCUGUAUCUUUAAUUGCACCAAAGAUUGCCAUUCAACUGGAAGAUCCUGAUAUAGAAUCAAUUGUGAAUAUUGAACUAUCGAAAGUUAAUUUCUUUUUCAUAGACAUCACCAAUCCGCGUUACACAGAGCGCAUCUCUGCUGAUAUAGAGAAUAUUUUCAUUAAUGUUCAGGACAAAAUGACAAAUAAAGCCAGCUUUGAAGCUCAGACUUCUCUCAGAUUCACAAACUUCACACAAAUUAAGGAUUUCUACAAUCAAAGAGCAAAGCAUGACACACAUACUGCAUUACAAGAUGGUCCUUUUCACAGGGUUCCCUUUUUCUUGAAAGAAGAGUUGAGGGAUUACGAAUAUAACUCAUCUUUUGGCUCGAUAACCCCAAGCUACUCCAUUCCUGACUGUCCAGCCCCACUUACUAGAAAUUCAGUUGAUCUAAUAUUUGAGGACCUUGGCCUCGAAGAAGAAGACGUGGACAGUUAUAAUUCAAGUUUAUCUUCGAAAUAUCCAAGCGAAGAGGAAUUGAAUUUUUUUCAAGAUUUCAAUUCGGAGUUUCUUCCUGCACAAACACCUAGAGCUACGACAUUAUCAACUGCAAAAAAUUAUGCUGAUACUGUGGCAGGUGCAAAUAUUAAGGUGACAUCAAAUUAUAGAGAUGAAAAUUUUGCUCCUCAAUACAAAGCAGAUUCUAGGUUUGAAUAUGAUAACUUCAUAUUGAAUUUUGGUGAUAUAGAUAUAACAGCUUCACCAUCUUCCAUUCUUGUUUUUUUGUGCUUUGCUGAGAAAUUCUUAACGAGAUCAAUGAGUGCUGUUUUGGAUGAUCUUCAUAUAACAGUUUUAAAAAAAUUAUUCAUUUCAAGAAAUAAAGAACCAACUGUUAAAAAUAUAAGGUUCUUGACACCAAGGGUGAAUUUUAAUUUUGGAAAUUUUGAAUGGAAUCACAACUUUGAACCAUCUUUGAAGACAGAACAUUUGAACUUGACUGUUGAUAACCCUUCGUUGGUUUGCUCGGUAACAAACACUUUAGAUAAUGAAGAAGAGAUAGUUAUGGCACUUAAUAUAAUGUCAAUUUUAAUAACUUUAAAUGAAGCUGGAGCCAAUACUAUUAUUCCAUUGGAGUUAAGCAUAUAUGAUCUUGAGCUUUGGCUAAACAAGGAUAAAAAGAAAACAAAUUCGUUAUCAUUGAGGAAGAUUGAUGUCAAUAUACAAGAGGGAAAACUAGAUUGGAUGGUUGAUUAUGCUGGAAAAUUCUUAACAAUGGCUGGUGAAAUUUCCAAAAAGUUGGAAGGAAUCAAAAAGUGCUCAAAAAAAGCAGAGGUGGAGUUACUAUACCAGAUCACAUUAGCUAGUACAAUUUUCAAAGUUGAGCACGAUCCGGCUGUACUUACAAGACCAGCUUAUAUUAUCAGACACUCAAGACAGCAUAUAAGAGGAAAUGACAGUUGGAAGGUGAUGAUUCGUUUAAAACAUAUCUAUGAAAAUCUUGACCCCCAGUGGAUCGAGGAACAUCAAAAAAUGUUCCUAGACCAAAACGUUGAAGCUCCUGAUACAGCAUUGGAAGAAGUUGUUAAAGUAUUUUCAAGCUGGAGGACAUGGGAGUUUGAAGAUAUUGAUCAUUCUUAUGUCUUCAGACAUGUGUUUUCAAAAAGUUCUCAAGAGCCAAAUUUAAACUCUGUAUCUGAAUUAUCAGUGCAAGAAAUCUCAUUACUAGUAGAUACAGAAGCUGGUGAUAGAAAUUACGUUGAUUUAGACUUUCUUGAAAUUUCGGGAAGCAAAUCAUUUACAGAAUUUAUAAGCUUGAAUCAAAAUCUCAAUAGCAUUUCCAGCUGCUUAAGUGUGAAAGUUUCUUCUAUCAAGGGAAGAUUAUCACAGUUAUUGUUUGCCUUCAAAAAGUUUGAAAAGAUUAUACCUGGCAAAGAAAGAAAUAAAGCCACUGAGACACUAGAUGCGCCAAUUGCGAAAGAGAUUAACCAAGUUGCCCUUUUGGUAGAAAAUUAUGAUUUGAGAGUUGAUUGCUUUGAUGUUGGAUGUGCUAUUAAGGGUAAUGAUUUCUGCUCCAGUUUGAUGAUUUUUAAUGAGACAGCUAAUAAUGAUUUCACUUUAGUGCUUUCAUCACAAAUGUUUUCUAUUGAUAUUUUAUCCAUGGGAAUAAAAGGAGCAUCCUACACGCAAGGAAGCACAAGAAUAAACUUUUCUAGUGCAAGCGAUAUCAAGUGUGGUCCAAAGCUUGUUGAUAUUGCAGUGUCCUCAAUGACGUUAAGUAUUGAUCAAGAUACCGAUGUUUAUGUCCAGCUUGCAGUUGAUGUCAAAGACAGUAUUGAAAAUUUAAGUAUGCUAUUGGAAAAGCAUAAAGAGGGACCUUCUACUGAAUCCGCUAAUAUUAUUGCUGAUAAAAAAGACUCAUUUAUAGACACUCUCUCUUCAAUUGUUUUGAAGAUCAAGAUUGAAGAUGUUAACUGGAGAACCCGCGCUCUAUCACCACUGUGUGUCUCAGGUUCUAUACAAGGCUAUGAGAGUAAGCUUUCUUACGCUAAAAAAGUCCUCAUUGCUCCUAAUAUAAUCCGGAAAGCUGCCAUGAACUUGAAGUUGAAGAGUCAUAAAGUUUUGGACAUUGAUGUGACGAAUUUUGGUGCUAUAAUAAAAUCAAUCUUGGAUGAGGAUACUAAACUCGUUGAAUUAAUGAUUGAUUCUCAAGAUACAAAUGUCGUGGUGUUGGACUUUUUGAGACACCUAAAAUCAAUAAAAAACGACUUGAAUGAUCUUUAUUUAUCUGCUGAUAAAAUUCAAAGGUGCUUGAAUCAGUUCAAGGAUGACGAACAUAGCUCACAUUCACAAGACAGGAAGAGUGAUACGGGUGACACCAUUUUGAAGAGAAUCAAAUUCGAUAGUUCAGUGAUUAAACUUGCGAUUCAAGCACAUAGAUCCACUGCUAGAUUGGAUAUUAAUGGACUUUCUAGCUCAUUUAGUGAUUAUGACAUUUUCAAUGGCCAAGCCCUCAAAUCAAAACCUUUUGGUGAUUUCAAAAUUGAGAGCUUAAAGCUCGAUCUGGAAAAGAACACAAUUAGUCAAGCUAUUUCCAAUAUACUAGAUUUGAAUAUUGCAUUAAAGGUCUUUAACGUCAGAUUAGAGGAGCAACUUCUUCAAACUCUUGAAAUUGAGUCCAACUAUUGCCGGAUGAUGCUCCAUCCUCAAACUAUAUCCGUGAUUAUUGAGCUUUUAAAUGAUUUUAGAUUUGCCUUCUCAACACUGAUGCCAGCAAAGGCUAAUAACAAGGAAAAGGUCAAAACUGACGGAGGGUAUAACUUUCAAAGUCAAUUUCAUGCAGUUCAUAUGUUAUUUUACAAUUUCUGUGUUGGAUUUAUGUUUGACGAACCAUCAGAGGAAUAUCCCGGGGUGAUAGCUGGGUGUGAAAAGGUGUUUGUUAUAACUGAGGAUACAGUUGGAAAAUUGUCUUUAGUUCAUGCUUAUGUUUCUAUCGCAAAUGGAAAAAAUACAUCCGACUUUUUCAGUGCUUCAAAUGAAAUUUCAAGUCCUAAUAGAGCGUUUUUACCAAAUAUGCAAGUCAUGUACGCAAUCAAGAAAAAUGACAAUAAAAAGGAUAUCAUGCUAAGAGUUACAGGUGAGGAGCUCGAUGUCAAGUUUGUGUCAUCAUCAAUUGUUUUAUUGGAAAAAACAUUAAAAGCUGUAAGUACUAUUGAGGCUUUGAAAAAGAACAUAAGAACAUAUCCAAAACCACCAGUACCAGAGCCAGCUACCUCAUUUCAAGAAACCUACAAGAUACCAUCAGAUGUCACUUCUAUUAGUUGUAUCAUGAACUUCGCUGGAGGUGUGGUAAAACUGUACAAGUAUGAUGAGUUCGAGUCCUUAGAAGAUACCUAUGCACCAUCAUUUGAACUAAGAACCCCAGCUGUUAAAAUUGCUGCUGAAUAUUCAAAGACAUCAGGACUCAAAGAUCACCAUAUCGACUUUGAAGUAUUCACAUCAUCUUCAAGUAAUAAACUUUAUUCUACUUGUGUUCCUGUGCUGUCUGAUAUAUGGAGUUCAGUUAAACGCCUUGGUCAACAUUCACAAUCAAGUGCACCUGUGGAAAAGGUGGGACAAUCAAACCCGUUAAUGAAAGAUACAGAACUCUUGAAAGUACUUGCUAAUUUCCAUAUAAAUCUUGCUAUACACGUUGACAAGCAAGAAUUGAGCUUAAGCUGUGAACCUUCAGCAAAAGUUCAAGCUGUUGUUGGAAUUGGUGGUAUUGACAUUAGACUGGGAACUAAUGAUACUGAUGACUCUGAACUUCUAUCUGGUACCUUGAAAUCAGGAAAUGUUAGUGCUUCAUUACAACAUAUUUACUCCAGAGAAAUCAGUGCUUCCGUUUUAGUUGAUGAAAUGCUAGCUACAGUUUUAGUGGCAGGUCCUGAUAAACUUAAGGUAUAUGCCGCUGGUAAAGUUGAUAAUGUAUCAUCUUAUAUCAACCUCAAACAGCUACAAGAUGUUAAUUUGUUCAAGGAUCUUUGGACUCCAGAAGAAACUAUUUCAGACUCAAAUGAUAGCAUAUACUCUUCCAAAUCAGCUGUUGAUAGUAUCAGAGAUGAGAAUAUUGUCUCAAGAUUUCAAAAAGUAUCAUCAACAGGUGCAGUUCCAUGGAAUUUCAACUUUACAAUUUCAAAUGUUAAAUGUGAAGUUGAUUUAGGUCAAUCUUUAGGUGUACUAAGCUUGGACUUAGAUAGAUUUUGGGCUGCUUCAAGAAAAAAAACCAAUUGGGAGCAAAGUAUGGCGCUUGGAUUUGAUACGUUGUCUUUAAGCUCAGAAGGUAGACUUUCAGGAUUUUUGACAGUUCAUGAUAUCAGAGUACAUUCUGUAAUCCAAUGGUCAUUGGAGGGUGACUUACUAGGUAUACCUCUGGUGUUAUUGUCAUUUGGGUUUGAGUCAAUAGAGGCGAAGGCAUCUUUUGAUUAUAAUGUUUUCCUCAUCUCACGUAUGUUGAAGUCCUAUAUAACAGUUUACAAUCAAAUUGAUUCCACUAAACUGUUGAAAGACAAACUUGUUGCAAGUGUGAUGUGUGGUUCUGUUGAGAUAUUUACUACUGCAUUAGCUGCAUCAAACAUCUUAGAUAUCUACAAUACCAUCUCACGUAUUCGUCAAGAUAACAAAAGACUUUAUAAGGAAGAUUUGAAUUCUUCCAAAAAAUAUAUAAAUAAUGAUAAAAAGACAUUGGAUAUUUUGAAUGUUAUUGCCACAUUGAGAACUGAAUUGGACGUUAAUUUUGGUAAGCUGUUACUCCAUGUUUAUCCAGGUUCACUUCUUGAUUCUCAAGUUUUAAUCAUUGACAUUGGUGGUAUGACUGCUCAUUUUGAACAACAGACUCAAAAUGAAUCAGUUGUUACAGAUAUGAAAUUACAAUUACACAAUACUUCUGUGGCAUUAUCCAGUUUCAAGAAACAAUUACCGGAAGAAGAAUUGAAUUUGAUGAGUAUAGAUAAAUAUAUUCUUCACACUGCUGCUGCAAGAGGUGGUGGUAUUUUUGUGUUCCCAUCUUUGGAAAGUGCUAUGCAAACCUGGCAAUUACCUAAGAGUAACAUCAUUGAAUACAAGUUCAGAAGUGCAUUUGGUGGUAAGGUUGAUGUUCGCUGGAAUUUAGGUUCAGUGACCUUUAUUAGAGAAAUGUGGGCUACACAUGCUAGAGCAUUUUCAUCACGUUUACCAAAAGGAGCAAAUACAAGAAGAACUAGCGUUCCUAUUUAUGAAGAUGUUAACAUUGAAGAAAAACUGAAAGAUGUUGAGCUUGAAGAUAAGUAUAAAUAUGUUGCAUUAGAACCACCAAUUAUCGAAGCUCCACAAUUGAGAGAUUUAGGUGAUGCAACACCACCAUUAGAAUGGUUUGGUCUCCAUAGACAAAGGUUUCCUGGUAUCACUCAUCAAUUUGUCAUUGUUGGUUUACAACAGUUGGUUCAUGAAGUUGAACAACAGUAUGGUAGGGUUUUAGGUAAGGUAUAG